CAGGGGAGGUAAGUCAAUACAGAUCAUUAAACAGUAAGCGGCAUUGUCCCAGUUUAACAGACACAAAAACCAACAGAGAUGGAGAAUCCAGCAGUGACAGUUUUCAGAAAUUACCUGAGGAUAAAGUCUGUGCAGCCAGAUGUUGAUUACAGUGAGACAACAGCUUUUCUGUCAGAUCUAGCAAAGGAUAUUGGCCUGGAAUGCAAAGUUGUAGAGGUUCUGCCAGGCAAGCCGUUUGUGGUGAUGACAUGGAGGGGGACGGAGCCCAGUCUGAAGGCCCUGAUGCUUCACUCCCACGUGGACGUGGUGCCGGUCUUCCCUGAGCACUGGAAAGUUGAUCCAUUCAGCGCUGAAAAGACAGACAGUGGUGAUAUAAUAGCAAGAGGGUCACAGGAUAUGAAAUGUGUUGCCAUUCAGUACCUGGAGGCUAUCCGACGUCUGAAGGCCGAGGGGAAACAGUGUCUGAGAGACAUUCACCUCACAUUCUCUUCAGAUGAAGAGAUAGGAAGUAAACCAAUGUCUGCUUUUGUGAAACAUGAAGAAUUCAAAAAGCUGAAUGUUGGAUAUGCUUUGGAUGAAGGGAUUGCCAAUCCUGGCAGUGAAUUCCGUGUGUUCUAUGGCGAGCGUUCCUUGUGGUGGGUCCAGGUGACCUGCAAGGGGGCCCCAGGUCAUGGGUCAGGGUUCAUACAAAACUCUGCUGCUGCCAAAGUGCGUAAAGUGAUGAACAGUUUUCUCCAGUUUCGUGACGAUGAAGAAAACAGAUUAAAAUCCACCCCUAAUCUGAGUCAUGGGGAUGUGACCACUGUCAAUAUGACAAUACUGAAGGGAGGAAUCCAGUUUAAUGUUGUGCCGACAGAAUUUGGUUUAUCAUUCGACAUACGUAUUCCACCGACUGUGGAUGUCGUCAAGUUUGAGAAUCAGAUUAAGACAUGGUGUGAGGAGGCAGGCGAAGACGUCACAUACGAGUUUGUUAUUAAAGACACCAGUUCUCACACAGUUCCCAUCACAAAGGACGAUCCCUGGUGGAACGCCUUCAGCUCCACUCUGGAGAAACUGGGAGUGGAGUACAAAACUGAGAUCUUCCCUGCAGGUACAGACAGCCGGUUUACGAGAGAGUGUGGCAUUCCAGCCCUAGGGUUCUCCCCGAUGAACCACACCCCCAUCCUACUGCACGACCACAACGAGUUCCUCAGCGAGAAGAUCUUCCUGAGAGGCAUUGAUAUCUACUACGAGAUCAUUCCCGCCCUCGCCAAUGUCACAGCCUAGAAGGGGUACUCUCUGCAGGAUUGUGACCAUGCCAUGCUGUCAGACUGGUUCAGUGUCAUCAGUGGUAUUUAGUCAUGAUAAGGAAGAGCUACAAAUGGUUAUAUCGUAUGACCCAUAUGUCAGCGAUAUACUUAAAUAGUAUGAACUAGUCAGAUAAUAUUCAGAUAUAUUCAGGUAAAUGUUUGUUUUGUUCAUAUUCACUUUUACUGGAAGAGCCGGAACGAGAACAAUUAUCUUGGUUGUGAUUGAAUAACAAGACCUUUGUUUGGUUGCUUGCUAUUCAGAUAAGAUUGUUAUAAAUUAUUUUAUAUGCUUCAUCUAUAGUUAGAUUUCAGCUGGUUAAAUUUUGUUUCUUAUGAAGAAAUGUAUAUUAAAUGAACUACUACUUUCUUUUUUUUCCUUCAGUUUGAAAAUGAUUGUUUUUGAAGACUUGAUUUCAGAAAAGAACAAAGUGCCUCUUGAUGUGUGAAGAAAAUACUGAUAUACUUUCAUUGACCUGAAAUUCACAUGAUCAAUGUGGUACAAAACGGGUAAGAGAUCUAUGUCAAAUUAUUGUAUAUCAAAAAACUAAACCUAGUCAAGCAAAAAUAUUUUUCUUUUGUAGAAAAUGUAGAUAUUUAUAUACUUGUUAAGGGUAGAAUGUAGUGGUAACUAUAUUAUAUAAUUUAAGAUUGGAAAGUGAUGUUAUGUUGUGAUGGUGCUUUUGGGAUCAGUUUGCGAAAUAGUUUCCAAAUUUUGCUAGUCAGUUGAGGUAGCUAUGCCUGAAAGUUACUAGCCCACAAAAUAAUUCACUAGGCCAAAAUUUGAAUGUAGACAAGGGUUUCAUCAUUUAGCUGCUAAUAUGAUGAACAUUUUUUUAUCAGGCCAUACUCUUGCAUGAUUUAAAAGUGUAUUAUAACUUAACAAGUCGACUGAUAUAUUUUCUAAAUGACCCCAUGAAAAUACACUAGCCAUGGCUAGUGACUGUGGAUAUUUACUGGCCUGACUGGAUUUUUACUAGCCACGGGCUAGUGGGCCAGUGGCUAUUUCACACACUGUUUGGGAUGUGAGUGAGUUAUGUUUUAAUGCCACUUUUAACAGUAUUUCAGUUAUAUCACAGCAUGUCAGCUAACUGUAGGAGGACCUUCAUUUCAAGUUAGUGAGUUUAGUUUUAUGCUGCUUUUAGCAAUAUUCCAGCAAUAUCACGGCAGUGGACACUAGAAAUGGGCUUCACAUAUUAUACCCAUGUGGGGAAUCGAACCUGUGUCUUCAGCGUGACAAGUGAACGCUUUAACCACUAGGCUACCCCACCGCCCAUCUUUGGUUUCAAUCCCAGUUCAUCUUGAUUAUAUUAAAAGGUUUGUGCCAAAGUGUUAAAUGUCCUAGACCUACAUCGCUUCUUACUUCAGGCUUCCCUCCUGCAUGGAACAAAUUGCUGUGAUGUAGCUGGAAUUUUUUUUUUUUUUUUUAAAUCUUUUUAUUCAUUCCAGAUAGGUAUACAAAGACAGGGAGUACACGACUCCAUGUUAGGGCUGGUUACAUAUUGGCAACAAAGAGUUACAAAUUUUCUAAGUAAGAAAAUAUGGAUACUAGUAUAGAAAGUCAGGGAGUGCACGACUCCAGCAGCAAACUUCAUGGGUUACAGGCAUGCUCGAGCUAGUUAUACAUUGGCAGCAAGGAGUUACUAAUUUCAAAGUGUAAAAAUGUAGGUACACAAAGUCAGGGGGUGUACCACUCCAGCAACAGACUCCAUGGGUUACAGGCAUGUUUGAGCUGGUUAUAUAUCAGCAACAAAGAGUUACUAAUUUCGAAGUGUGGUGCCAUGUCAUUUUCUAUGUCAAUAACACAAUGCAUUGUUUGACAAUAAUAUUUGGCAAAGUUCAAUCAUGCAAGGUAUUAUGUUCUUAAAUCAUAUCAAGAACUGUGUAUUUAGAGUAGUCUGUCUCUCAGAUCCUAGAGAAUAACUUGAUUACAUGGCAGGCCAGGUGAUUUUGCAAGUCUUGAUGUCUCAGAUUUUGUCUGUUUUCAGAAGUCUAUAUUAUGUAUAUUUUUUGUCUUUAUUCAGAUUGAAAUGUUUUAAUGAGAAUAUGCAUGUUUAUUUUCAACUAAAGUGUUUAACUCAGUUUCUGGUUCAUUUGAAGCAAAGGAUGAACCACGAAUCCGUUGGUAUAUGACCAGAUGGUGGCCACAUGAAUACGUGCAAACACCUAGUUGCGGGUACAGCAACGUGCAGUGAACUUGGACAAAGUUCUGUGACUAUGUGUCCCAGUCC